UAUAGGAAAAUAGCUACUGUAACCUUGCGAAAGGAAAUAUAUAUCCCAUUCGCACUUCUCUCUCUCUCUCUCUCUGCCACCGCUACCCCUUGUCUCCGUUUCCUUCUCCUCCGCAACUACACUUAGAGAUAGACAUUGAGGAGAGAGAGAUUCAAUAUCCCACUUGGAUAAAACUCCUUAAUCCUUCCCAUUAAAUGAGGAUCGACCUAAUCCUCUUUGGAUAAGAAAGAAGCAAAUCUAGCCCAAAUCUCUCUCGAAUUCACGAGAGAGAGAGUGCGUGCGUGUAGAGAUAUUUUCAUGCCCUACCUUCUCUCUCUCUAUUUUUAUAUCUACAACAACUUCUACCAAGUCUAACUCCAACGACAUACUUGCAAGCGUCCUCCCAACUAUAACGGUAAUUCUUACUGUAUCUAAGUCCAGCUUUUCUUCUUGUUCAUGGACUACUUGAGAGAAAUGGAAGGGAAACGAGCUCAUGAUCCCUUCGACCAUGGCCGUUUGAUGAAACCUGACAGGUGUGUAUGUGUCCCUGGGCCUUUGAUCGUUGGGGCUGGCCCAUCUGGACUAGCGACUGCCGCUUGCCUCAAGGAACGAGGCAUCCCGAGCGUGAUCCUCGAAAGGGCUAAUUGCAUAGCUUCCUUGUGGCAACUUAAAACGUACAAUCGUCUCCGUCUUCAUCUGCCCAAGCAAUUCUGCGAGCUGCCCUUGAUGCCAUUCCCUGCCUUCUUCCCGACCUACCCCACCAAGCAACAGUUCAUUGCCUACCUGGAGACCUACGCAAGACGGUUUGAGCUGCAGCCAACGUUCAACGAGACGGUGGAGAGCGCCCAGUAUGACCGAAACUUCGGGUUUUGGCGGGUCCGUACGGUGGGGCCCAAGGAGGAGACUGAGUAUGUCUGCCGGUGGUUAGUAGUCGCGACGGGGGAGAAUGCAGAGGCAGUUUUACCUGAUAUCAAUGGGAAGGAAGAUUUCAUUGGGCCGGUUGUUCACACGAGCAUGUACAAGAGCGGAGAUGCCUUUCAUGGGAAGAGAGUUUUGGUGGUGGGAUGUGGGAAUUCUGGCAUGGAAGUUUGCUUGGAUCUCUGCGCCUACAAUGCCCGUCCAUCACUUGUAGUGAGAGACACGGUGCACGUCUUGCCUAGAGAGAUGCUUGGCAGAUCUACUUUCGGGCUGUCCAUGUGGUUGCUCAAGUGGCUUCCUGUACACAUGGUGGACCGCUUUCUCCUACUUGUCUCAUGGUUGAUGCUAGGAGAUACAGCCCGGUUGGGGCUCGAUCGGCCUCAGAUAGGUCCUCUCGAGCUCAAGAACUUGUCCGGCAAGACACCAGUCUUGGAUGUAGGGACCCUGGCUAAGAUCAGAGAAGGAGAGAUCAAGGUGUGCCCAGCCAUAAAGAGAUUGACGGUCCAUGGAGCUGAGUUCGUAGAUGGAAGAAUGGAGGACUUUGAUGCGGUGAUUUUGGCGACAGGUUAUAGAAGUAACGUGCCAUCUUGGUUAAAGGAGAGGGAUUUCUUCUCUGAGAAAGAUGGGCUGCCAAGGAAGCCUUUUCCCAAUGGGUGGAAAGGCGAGUGCGGUCUAUAUGCAGUGGGAUUCACAAAGCGCGGCAUACUGGGGGCAUCCAUGGAUGCCAGGCGGAUUGCCCAAGAUAUAGAACGUUAUUGGAAAGCCAAAACUAAGCAAUUCAUGGCCUUUUCCUGCCCACCAACAGCGUCAUGACCCUGGAAAAAUGAGUUAGCUAGUGAUGUAAAGCGGGUUGUGGAAACUUUCAUGUUCAAGAUGGACCAGAGAAGGCCCAAUUGGAGGCGAAAGUGAUCAUGACUGUCGGAACCCUAAAACAGGUAUGUCUCACAAAUCGGAAUGAGUUAUUCGACAUAUUAUAUAUAAUUUUGGAGUAGGAGAAGCUACUUUAGCAAACCAAACUGAUAUGCGGGGUUGCCGAUGCUAAAUUUGCGAG